CGAUUUGGAGUCAUUUUCGAUUACAAUAGUCGUUUUAAGAACAUUUGUUCAGUGCGAUUUAGCAUCAGUGCUUUUUAGUUAGGGUUUGAACACAUUUUGCACAUUACCCACGCCUCUCGUUAGCAUGACUGGAACACCUGUUAUCCAUGAUGAUCGGGCUUCAUCAAUCAACAAGAUCAAGCCCUGGUGCCCUAUUCAUGUAUGAAUGUAUGAAUGAAGAUACCCGCUGGCCUUGGAUUUGUUUGCGACUCAGAAGAAUUGGCGCUGGGAAACCACCUUUCCUGAGCUCCUUUUCUGUUUGUUUUUUAAUCACUUUGCGACCUAAAUUCGGCAUUCUGCAUACUAAACGACGAUGGAUUUGCAAUUUUGGAACUAAAAUAGAUAGCUCAGUUUACUUUGGAAAUCAACAGCACUCUUUGUCUUAUGACGCCCGAUUACUGAAUGUUCACCGAUGUUUGAAACCAAUGCUGUAUUGUGCAAGAUUCAUUCUGCCGUUUGUUGCAGUCAUACAUGUUGCGUCAGGCAUCGACAUUCGUAAAUGUCCUCCGCUGCGGCUCCCUGUCAAUGGCUACGUCGUGUGUGACCAUCUGAUUGGUGCCUUCUGUGCGCCUGUCUGUAACCCCGGUUUCGUUCACGAAUCACAACCGGCUCAGGCAUAUGUAUGUAACCCUAUGAGAAGGGCCUGGGCAACCUACCCAGGGGGUUAUCCAUUACCAUGGCCUGACUGUGUAAGAGCAAAUACACGAGCUAAUAUUGCAAAAGUAGCAACUGCCACGAAGAAGUCAAUAGUUGAUCAACAAAAUACGAAAGCUUCAGGGCCUGGGACGGGAGAAGGGAAGGAGUCUCUAUGGCAACGUAUGCUGAAACUUACAUCACAGCUAACUCAAUCAAAACUGAAAGGGGAGACUGCAGGGGCAGCAAGGUCGAUGCAGAGUUCCACUAUUGAUGCUGACAGAAAUGCCUAUGAGCCACAAACCAGCCAAGUAAACCCUGCAUUAGGCCAAAACACCAACAACAAUUAUUAUAGUAACAUCGCUAAUAACAAUGUUAAUACAUUUAGCAGAGAACUACCUUCUUCCUACCAGCAGGCAAAAGACGAUGUCGAUGACCUAAUGAGAAAGCCGAUUGAGUACAGGCGUCUGCAGCAAUACUGGGACACGUAUUACAAGAGAUAUUAUGAGAGUCUUGGGCUCAAAAAGAUGCCUGAUUGGAUGACACGGAGCCCCUGGAGCAAUGAUCCUGAAAGAGUGCAGGGGGCGCUUGAUUCUGAUACCACAGGCAAUGGGGAUGUCCCUGGUAACAGCACUGUAUAUCAAAACUGGAACAGUUAUCUACAGAACUAUUACCAAUACCCUGGGCCUCCUAAUUAUAACGAGACUUUGUUAGAUGGAACAUUAAAUUCCACUAUUGCACCACCUAACAGCACAAGCGAAUCACUUAUAGAAAAUGUCAUUGAGAAUGACCUCUACUCGAAGGGGCUUACGGACAAAACAUUGAAUCGAGACCUCUAUUUUGAAGAUCAGCUGAUACACAAUGAAGAGAAAAAGCGACCUCGUCUCAACUUAUCGCGUUUUGUCCCAACGACACGGCUAAGAACAACAGUUUUAACCACGACAGUAGCAACCACAGCGGGCCCUAGAACGACCGCUAGUACAACAACCGGUUCAAUGAAAACCGGUUCAAUAAAACCCGGUUCUACAACCACUGAUCAUAAAACGACUACUCCAUCGCUAUCACAAACAACAACUCUUACCUCUUAUAAAACAACGUCCUACCCUUAUAAUCCCUCGAAUUACACUAGUGCUUUUUCCGAAAGUCAAUAUUUCACGCAAAAUAAUGAGACGAUGGCACGAACAAGUGAUGCAGAAAUUGCAAAGAAUUAUUCUUCAACAACUCAAGAGGGUAUGUCUGCAGCCGGUUCUGUUAAGCAAAAUGCCACUGAUGAUUCUUAUGCUAGUUAUUUGAAUUCGUAUAAACAGUAUAUUGAUAAAUGGCAAAACAACACAAAUCCUAAAGUGAGCAAGCCUACGAGUCAAGCUGGAGCACAGGCAGCGUCGCCUUACGCGGGUUCUGCGAAUGCAAGCUCUUCUCGCGGGAACUCUUCGUCGAAAGCUAGAAAAUCUGGAAAGAAAAACCCAUGGAAUGCUUACAAGGUAUCAAACUUCGCGUCUUCACAAAACACCUCGGUGACAGAAACGAACGAUGAUGGACAACGCCAGCAAAUUCAACCAAUGACAGCAGGCGAUGAUGCUGACGAUGACGAUGAUAACGAUGAUUUGGAACGAUUGGAUAUUUCGACGUUGGUCCGGGAAUUGAUCAAACUGGAGAACAUCCGCAAACGGAAAGAGCUUUUACGGCGGAAGAAAGUUCAGCGUGAGAAUUCCAAAGCAGUGGCAAAUUUGCUGGUUGGUGAUCUUUUUAAAGGGUAUUUCAAAACGAAAAAGCCCAUUUCACAAAAGGGAUUGAAGAAACAUUUGCUUCAUAAAACAAGACGUUUAAUUAAAACGAAAGGAAACCAAUCACCCCUUCCUAAAUUCAGUUGAUAAUGCGAUUAGUUAUCAAAUAAAUACCAGUUCUUUAUAGUUUAUAUUUUUUAUGAGAUUCACCAGGUGAAAUUUUGCAAAAUUGAAUUAUUACUUUUCAGGAUCUAUUUGUUCAUCAAGCCAGCUUCUUCUAAGAACAGAUGAAUCCUGUUGAGUCGGGUCUUUAAGACUACCAUGGCUUAGCGAAUGUCUGACUUAUCCGCGGUAGAUACGACAUUUCACUUGAAUGGGAUAGGAAAAUCGAAUGGGAAUGGAAAAUCAGUCCGACUUAGGGAAAGUCCGAAAUGUCCGUGGCACGAAUUUAGGGGAUUCAACUGUAAAUGUAAUUGUACACGUAAAAUGAGUCGCGGUAAGAUCCAUAUGAAGUUGAAACACACGUUAAAGAAAAAGAGUGUUCUUUUAGGUAGCCACUCGAAUGCGUUGUAACAUUUCGUGUGCUUCAUGGGCUGGUUAAACAGACUUUUUAGGGAAAGGGAGGAGAGGGAGGGAGAAUUUAGCUGAUAAGAAAAGAGGUGUGCCUCAAAGAUCCAGGAUCCACAAGAAGAAAGUAUAUAAUGUAGAGGGGACAGCUGGAUGAAGGUUGAGGCAUUUUGUCACAUUCGGUACUUUGUUGUAGUGACAGUGAAACGGGUUCAUGUUUUUAAACUAUUUUCAUAAGGGUGGGCUGCCCUGCUGGUUAGCAAAAGCUUACAAUAAUGCAAAUACGGUCAAGCUUUUACCAGUUGUUUUCAAUUUUGCAAUUUUGAUUGUUAAUUUUUUGGCUUGAUUUUAAUUUUGUUAGUUUUAAAAUGAAACCAUAUUGGAGUGGUCUACUGAU